AUGGAGUCGACGAAGUUGGGCGGAGCCGCGCCGACCAGCCCGAGAGCCCACUCGCCCGCUUUGCCGAGCUAUUGUACCAGCACGGACGGUAACAUCGAUUACAUCAUCGGCGACUACAUGGAGCGAUUGGGCACGAGACUCAAUAUCCUCGAAACCGAACUAAAGUACGCGUGGAGGGCCCUGGAUUUACUCAGUCAGGAGUACAUAAAAAUGUGGGAGAGAUUAGAAAAAUUGGAAGGUCUUUUGUACGAGCAACAGACGGUGAUAAGUCAGUUGAUCGAGUUUUACGCGAGCGGCGGCGGAGGCGGCGGCAGUGGCGUCGUCGUCGGCGUCGGCGUCGGCGUCGGCGUCGGCGGACACGAGAAUGGCACCGAGGUAGCCGAGGAUACGUUGGCCGAUCAGCAGGAUUCCGUCGGCGAAUUGGACGCCAUCGCGAAGAGUUUGAACGCGGCAAUAGGAAUGGAAGAGACGAGCGCGUUGAGGGAGAAACUGACUCAACAGGAAUUGGCUAGGAUGCACGGUCUAACGCAGGACAGCGCGACCGCGAACGCCGUGGUAACGGACAUGCACAGGAACGUAAGAAAUUUGGAGACUCUGGAGACGCUCGAGGAGGAGGAGGGCAAUAUACCGGACGAAGCCUUCUAUCGUAGCCUGAACAACGCCUACAGGGAGGACUUGAUAUGCGGCGACACUUCGAGGCCUACCUCGCAACUCGGUAUGAUAUGGGAGGAGGCCGAGGACGAGGACGUAAACGGUAAAAAGGAAAGCGAGAUUGAUAUCUUCGAGAAGGAUUCGCCGAAGGAAAAGGAGGCGGAGGAAACGUCGACGCAACAGACCAAAGAGGAGAUUCAAGCAUCGGCCACGAAGAAGGAGGACGAAGCGGACGAGGACGAGGGUGAAGUAUUUAGCGCGGCCGAUUACAAAAGCUAUCGAGGCAAUACUCCUUGCGUAAGCGAACAAGACCUCGCUCAACUCUCGAGACUUAGCUCGAUCGACCAGGUAGCUUUGGAGAAGCUCCACGAGCUCGACCGAUUGACCAGUAAAUUGCAAAAGGAUUCUCAAAAUCUGAUCGAACUGCAGUCGCGAUUGAUAGAGUCGCCGAAGCGCCGAUACUCGUCCGAGGCCGAGGCGAAGCUGGCCGAGGAGGCGAGCAGCAUUGACGAGCAAUUGCGAAAGAUCUAUGCGGAAACGGACGUGGACAGUUGGACGUUCUCGAAGAGUCCCGGAUCAACGGGCAGAUCUUUGUCGAGGGUCAGUACCGACAGCGGCCUCGCGACCGACGGCGAUUUUACCACGAGAUCCAUCUCGCCGAGAUUAAGUUCCGCUUCCAGGAGCAAUUUGGACUCGAUCUCGAGCACUUACACGCCUCCUAGAUUGGGAUACACCUCGGCGGUCCUAGAGAAGAGUCCCGAGCCGGUGAUUCAAUUGCCCAUCGACGUGGGUAACUUCGCCAAAGGCUAUGCGGAGAACAAAGAAUUGACCGAUCUUAUGGCCGAAAGUUUCGCGGCGGUCACCUGCGCGUCGCCCACCAUUUACAGUACCACCACCGACAAAGUACCGUCGCCGACGCUCUCGGCCGGGAGCGUUCACAGCGUUCACAGCGUCCAAAGUAUUCGGACCAGACAAGACGGUUACUUUGGUAGCUCUGCCCGAUUGAACUUGGACUUUCAAGAGAGUAGAACCCCGCCGAGCCCCUCGCCGAGCUCUCCCCCGCCUCCGGCGCCGCGAGAUUCGACCGAGUCCUUCCUAAUGCCUACCGCGACGGAGGACGAAACGAAAAGACCUCAAAGCCCUGGAGGUUACUUGAGGAAUACCGAGAAACUUGUGUCCCUCGAUCAAGGACGGCUGAGCCCUCGUACGCCUCAUUCCCCUAAAUCCCCGAGAGUAUCGCCCAAGCAUCUGACGAAGCCGGUCAACGCGGCCAACAUAGCCGCCACCAAAUCCGACUCCGGUUUGUCCUCUAUGAGCGGAUGGAGCAGCUUGGACAAGUCGCCGAGUUCACCGAAGAAUUCGAUCGGCAAAACUUUGACUUCCUAUUCGGCCGAUCACACGAGAACUAACCUGACGGCUUCGUCGACGCAUCCACCGGCAAGGGCUUCUAGUCCGAUACCACCGCUUCCGGAAAGUACGAGCGCCGCCGUCAUCACGCAAGAGCCGCUUUACGACACUCCCGAGGGUAGGGACGCAUUCGCUACCGCCACAGCCACCGCGACCGCACAUUCUUAUUCGACGACGACGAUGAAUCAUCUGUCCUCGUCUUACGCGUCGUCGAUGAAAUCACCGGCUGCGACCAAGGACGAUUACAAUCUCGUACCACCGCCGGCGCCAGGCGCGAGCACCUGUCAAAGUCCAAAGAAACGAACGCGCCAGCAAACGGCCCUUCAGCAUAACCUUCAGCAUAAUCUUCAACAUGGGAUUCAGCAUACCUAUGAUUCCGUACCAUCGGCAACCGUGAUGGAUUACGUCUAUAGAUCGGAACAGCCCGCUAUUUAUUCCGUAGCCGGUAGUAAUCGUCAGCAAGUAAUAACGAGCGUCUAUACAAGCGGUUCCGGUAGCUAUGGCUUCAAAAUUACGGGCUAUUAUCCGGAUUCCGUCGGUCAGUAUGGCAACUAUCAAGAAAGUUACAACGCUCUGCAGUAUCCCGAGGCGGCCGGCAUGACGACCCAUAUAAAGAAACCAUUAAGAGGCUCCUACGCGGAGGCAACGAGCAACCAGGAUGGAUACAAGGCCGCGAUGUAUCGUACCAUGUUUCCCACGGGAAACAUCACGGACGCUCUGUCCUAUUAUCCGACAAGCGCGAGUUUACCGCGAACGGAGAACAACGAGAGCUCUUGGAUGAACUCGAUGGACGAACAAAUUCCCCACGAUUCUACCUCGUCUAGCAUCAGAUCCCUUACCUCGGACGGUAGUUACGCUCAAAGCCCUUACACGGACCGAAGGUAUCCGCAACCGCCGGCCUAUCAAGCGCACCAACAGUAUCAUCACACAUACGCCAAUCAAAGUUAUCCGCAAGCCGUCGGAUAUCAGCAACAGCAUCAACCUUACGGGCAAAGAUUGAUGAGCAGCACCGAAAGCGUACAACUUGCGGACGGUUAUCAGAGACAGUGGCAACGGGAGCAUCAAUAUAUUCAGGAACACGAAAAUGCGAGAAUACCGAUGGAGCAGCAACAGCAACAACAGCAACAGCACCAGCAGCAACAGCAGCAGCAGCACCAACAACAACAACAACAACAACAGCAGCAGCAACAACAGCAACAGCAGCAAAGCGAGUACUACGAUGCCUCGAACGUGAUAGUGUCUCAGUCCGGUUACAUCAGCAUUGCUACGAAUUUAAAGGAUCACGAGGUCGAGAGCACAAAGUUAACCAAGAAGAUACGACGUGGCGCUUCUUUAAAAAACGCUAUGAGCUCCAUGAGCAACUGGCUACCCGAUCUUCAUCUGAGCAAAAGACAUCGGAGUCAGUCUUUACCAGGCGGAGUCCGAAGGGAGGAUUUGGACGUAUCUCAGGACAAUCAACAGAAACUUUUGUCCGAGACGAGCGCCGGCAGAGGGCGAGGCAGAAGUCAGGCACCUAGGAAAAAGAAGAAGCACACCUUGGUAUCAACCGUUUCUGGUAUUCUUCAAAAGGCCAAACGGCGAACUCAUCACUCGCAAUCGCUGUCGGAUCCUGAACAAUCGGAGACCGAGUGGAGUAGCGGCAGACAGAGCGGACUUUCGGAGGACGAGGACAGCGUGAUGUCUGACGUUAAUCAAGAACAGCCUUUCUUCGCGAAAGUAAAAACGGCGAGCACAAAGAGAAAAUCAGCGCAGCAAUCGAUCACGAUCCAGCAAUCGUCCCAGCUAACUCAACAGCAGCAGCAGCAGCAGCAGCAGCAGCAGCAACAACAACAAGUUCUGCAACAGCAGCAACAGCAAGUUCUGCAACAGCAGAAUCUUCAACAGCAACAAGCUUUGCAACAACAAGCUCUGCAACAACAAAUUCAACAGCACCAAGAACAAUUGCAGCAGCAAGCCGCUCAGGAGGCCUGGGCGAAGGAGAAGGAACAAAGGAGGGUCGACUCGAGCGAACACGAAUCGAGCGAACAAACGAUAGCCAUGGAGGAGGAGGGAAAAAGCACUGGCUCGGGAUCGGGCGGAUCGUCGAUCUUUCAAACGGUCGGGGAUAUAAAACGAUCGACGGGCAGCUCGGACGAGGCACCGAACGAGAAAGCCCCGAAACUUCCGCCGGUAACGAUAAUGGGCGGUGCCAGCAUGGAAUUCGCCGUGUCGAGAGCCCUCGGUAAAUAUCGCCAAAGACAAUCCUCGACGGUGUCCGACGAGCAACCGGCGAUGGACGAAAGCGCGACCGAAAAGAAGUCCGACGAUGGUAACGGUCAGUCGUUAGAGCCGAGCUUCGAGUAUCCUGAGGAUCUCUCGGAGAAGAGCGAAAAGAGCGAAAAGUCAGGUAGCGCUCGAUUACCCGAGUUGGUAACGAAUUUGUCGGAGGAAGCUCCACCGUCGGAGGGUAGCCCUUCGGCAUCGAGCGCGAGAGGAUUCGUUCAGAGCGCCGUUACGCGAUUUCUUCCUCGACAUCAACAAUCCCUCGAGAUACCUUGGGGAGGCGGCCGUUCCGGCGAGGACGAAGACAAUAGAAGUACGCACUCUUACAGAAGCACCUCGAGAGUAUCGUCGAGACGGCAGAGCACCGAGGACUCGAUCGAUUCCGAGGACGAGUGGUACUGUUACGAGUUGCGUAAACUCGAGGAGCUAGAAAGGCAAUCGCAAAUGGAUAUGGAAAUGAGCGAGGUCUUGGUGGAGGAACCGGAGGAACACGAGCCUUAUCAACCGGACGACGCCGUAAAGGAGAGGAUGUCUUGCGUGCUGAAGGAGCUCAAAAUGAAGGCCGCCGGUGCGAGGCCUUCGAAGAUCGACCUGAAGGAAGAUAAGGAAAUUUUACGAGCUGCCAAAACCAACGGUCCCGUUAUCAAGGAACGCCGAAUCGAGGAACUCGCCGAUAGAUAUCCAAGAGACGAGAAGCCGAUUCCUAAGAGAAAAUCGGCCGAGAGUAUAGAGGCUGUGUUCGCUCGAGUGACGGACUAUCACACGUGGGCGCACGAAGAGGAAGCGAGAAAGGAGAGAGCCGCUACGUCCCCGAGGACCGAGGAUGGUUCCUCCUCGGGCGAGACGUCCGGUCCUGAUAGUCCUGGACGAUCGAUGGACGACGACGAGAUCGAGGAGGAGGAAGAGGAGGAGGAGGAGGACGAGGAGGACGAGGAGGUGGAGGAAGAAGAGAAGGUGGAAAGAGAGAGCGACCGGACGAGAAGAUCGGCUCGGGACGAUGAGGAAAGAGGUGAAUUACAAAAGGAUCUCGAUGAGGGACAAUCAAGAAGAAGUUCAAGCGGCGUAUCUGUCCUACGACAAGAGGAGAAAAUUCUUCGUGGUACGGAAACCCUAUCUCGCGAAGGUAGCUUGACCGUUGGACUCGCCGGCGAGACGUUGGAAGAGCGAGAUGUUGCCGAGACCGAUACGAAUCUGGGCCUACCAAAGAUCAAGAUCGAUUCCUCAUCUUGCGCCGGUGCCGCCGACGUUACGAUCUUGAAGGAGGGCCAGGUUAGUCCCGGUCCACCUGGCUCCAAAUGGAAGCUCUUAAAAACGUUGAAGGAACGGAAGGAAGAGAAACUCAAGGAGAUCGAGGAAGCAUCGAAAGAAGCUGCGACCAUUUCUCAGGGACCCACGGCGAACGGAAGUGGACCAGGCGGCGAAUCCGGUGGACGAGCCAACGGGCAUCCAGGCGAUAAUCCUUUCUACAGCAACAUCGACAGUAUGCCGGAUAUUCGACCGCGCAGGAAGUCGAUACCAUUGGUCUCCGAGCUGGUCUUGAAGACAAUGGCGGCGACGAAGAGGAACGCCGCAGGGCUCACAUCCGCGGUGCCCAGGGCUACGCUGAACGACGAGGAACUGAAGAUGCACGUCUACAAGAAAACGCUGCAGGCGAUGAUCUAUCCCAUCUCGUCGACGACGCCUCACAAUUUCAUCACUUGGACGGCCACCUCGCCGACCUACUGCUACGAAUGCGAGGGUCUACUCUGGGGUAUCGCGCGUCAGGGCGUUCGAUGCAUGGAAUGCGGCGUCAAGUGUCACGAAAAGUGCAAGGACUUGCUCAACGCUGACUGCCUGCAGAGGGCCGCGGAGAAGAGCUCGAAGCACGGCGCCGAGGAUAAAGCCAAUAGCAUAAUCACGGCGAUGAAGGAAAGGAUGAAGCAGAGGGAGAUGGAAAAGCCAGAGAUCUUCGAGCUCAUUCGGUCAGUCUUCGGGGUCGACGAGGCUGCGCACCUGGGCCACAUGUCAGCAGUGAAGCAGUCGGUUCUGGACGGUACGAGCAAAUGGUCGGCGAAGAUCGCCAUUACAGUGAUCUGCGCUCAAGGAUUAAUAGCCAAGGAUAAGAGUGGUACGUCCGAUCCGUACGUCACGGUCCAGGUCGGUAAGGUGAAGAAACGCACGAGAACGAUGCCGCGCGAGCUCAAUCCUGUCUGGCACGAAAAGUUUUACUUCGAGUGUCACAAUUCGUCCGAUCGGAUAAAGGUUCGCGUUUGGGACGAGGACAACGAUUUGAAGUCGAAAUUGCGACAGAAACUUACGCGCGAGAGCGACGAUUUUCUUGGACAAACGAUCAUCGAGGUGAGAACGCUCAGCGGCGAGAUGGACGUCUGGUACAAUCUGGAAAAGAGAACGGACAAGAGCGCGGUAUCCGGUGCCAUCAGGUUGCACAUAAGCGUGGAGAUCAAGGGAGAGGAAAAGGUCGCUCCGUAUCACGUGCAAUACACCUGCCUUCACGAGAACCUAUUUCAUAGUUUAUGCGAGGAGAACGCCGGGAUGGUUAGCCUACCGCAGGCAAAGGGCGAGGACGCAUGGAAAGUGUACUUUGAUCCGCCCGGCGAAGAACUCGUCGAUGAAUUUGCCAUGCGAUACGGCAUCGAGAGCAUCUACCAGGCCAUGACACACUUCCACUGCCUCUCGACGAAGUACCUGUGCCCAGGGGUCCCCGCGGUAAUGUCGACCCUGUUGGCCAACAUAAACGCCUAUUACGCCCACACGACCGCUAGUUCGGCCGUUUCCGCCAGCGAUAGAUUCGCCGCGAGUAAUUUUGGGAAAGAAAAGUUCGUGAAAUUGCUGGACCAGCUGCACAAUUCCUUGAGGAUCGAUCUCUCGUCGUACAGAAAUAACUUCCCAGCAUCGAGCCAGGAGAAACUGAUGGACCUGAAGAGCACCGUCGACCUUCUUACGAGCAUCACGUUCUUCCGUAUGAAGGUGCAGGAAUUGUCGAGCCCGCCACGAGCCAGCACCGUCGUCAAGGAUUGCGUUAAGGCUUGCUUGCGUUCGACCUAUCAGUUCCUCUUCGAGCAUUGCUACGAACUCUACAGCAGAGAAUAUCAGGCUGAUCCGAACGAACCGAAAAAGGAUCCGGAGGAUCACGGGCCACGACGGGACUCUCUCGACUUUUGGCACAAGCUCAUCGCUCUUAUCGUUUCGGUUAUCGAGGAGGACAAGAACAGCUAUGCGCCCGUGUUGAACCAAUUCCCCCAGGAGUUGAACAUCGGUCAACUAUCGGCGGCCACUAUGUGGUCUUUGUUCGCGGUCGACAUGAAGUACGCCCUGGAGGAUCACGAGCAGCAUAGACUGUGCAAGUCCUCGGCCUAUAUGAAUCUACACUUCAAGGUAAAGUGGUUGUACACGAAUUACGUGAAAGACGUACCACCUUACAAGGGUGCCGUGCCGGAAUAUCCCGCCUGGUUCGAGCCGUUCGUCAUGCAAUGGCUCAACGAGAACGACGACGUUUCCUUGGAAUACUUACACGGUGCCUUUAGCAGAGACAAGAAGGACGGGUUCCAAAAGAGCAGCGAGCACGCUCUCUUCAGCGUGUCGGUCGUCGACGUGUUUACCCAACUGACCCAGUGCUUUGACGUCGUCUCGAAGCUCGAGUGUCCCGAUCCGGAGAUUUGGAAGAGGUACAUGAAGAGAUUCGCAAAGACCAUAGUAAAGGUUUUGGUCGCUUACUCUGACAUCGUCAAAAUAGAAUUUCCCGUCCACUUGAAGGAGGAACGAAUCGCUUGCAUCCUCAUGAACAAUAUCCAACAACUGCGCGUGCAGCUGGAGAAGAUGUUCGAGUCGAUGGGCGGUGAAAAAUUGGAGGAGGACGCGGCGAACAUCUUGAAGGAGCUUCAGCAGCAGCUUAACAGCGCCCUGGACGACCUGGCGAUGCUCUUCGCCAAGAGUCUCGAGCCGCGUAUAACGGCGUCGGUCCGAGAACUGGGAGAUCUCCUUUUGGCUAUAAAAGGUGGCGGUCAGGUUACCUUGUCCCAAGCGCAACAAAGGAACAACGUCGCCGUCGAGGCCGACGAGGUGUUGAGGCCUCUCAUGGUACUUCUCGACGGAAGUCUUUCUCUAUAUGCCGAAUCCUGCGAGAAGACGGUACUCAAGAGAUUAUUGAAGGAACUUUGGAAGAUCGUCAUGAGGAUCCUCGAAAAGACGGUCGUCUUACCGCCCAUGACGGACAAGAGCAUGAUGUUCAAGAAUCUAACGGAUAACGCGAAGAAUCUCGCGGCGAACGCCAAGAUAGAGGACAUGUCAAAGUUGUUUAAGAAUCACAUGACCGGAAAGCCGGACGUCAAGAAUGCUCUCAGCGGUGUCAUGGAUAUCUCGAAAGAGGUGGAGAAGAAUCUGUCGCCGAAGCAGUGCGCCGUACUCGACGUCGCCCUCGACACCAUCAAGCAAUACUUCCAUGCGGGUGGGAACGGCUUGAAAAAGGCCUUCCUCGAAAAGUCUCCGGAACUGCAGAGCCUUCGGUACGCUCUCAGCCUUUACACGCAGACGACGGACACCCUGAUCAAGACCUUCGUUACUUCUCAAAUCAAUCAAGUGCCGCUGAACGAUGCGUCAACGUUACGUCAGCGUCAGCGUUCGAUGAGCAGCGAGAGAGGCGACGAAGGCGAAGGAGCCGAGGGUAUGGAAAGCCUCGAGGAACCCCUUCGCCAGAGCAAGCCCUCUCUUCGUCGAGAGAGUCGUCAAGUUCCAGAUACGGUUGGUACGGACGAAGGUUCGGUGGGAGAAGUUAGCAUCCAGGUUGACCUCUUCACGCAUCCUGGAACCGGCGAACAAAAGGUCACGGUCAAAGUCGUCGCUGCGAACGAUUUGAAGUGGCAAUUGGCUACGGGAAUGUUUAGGCCUUACGUUGAAGUCAAUCUUAUUGGUCCGCAUCUAACAGGCAAAAAGAGAAAACAAUCGACGAAAUCGAAGAGCAACAAUUGGUCGCCCCAAUUCAACGAAAGUUUCGACUUCAUGAUCGGCAACGAGCAGCAACAAUUGGACUUUUACGAGCUUCACAUUUGCGUGAAGGAUUAUUGCUUCGCGAGAGAGGACAGACUGGUCGGCGUGGCGGUGAUGCAGCUCAAGGAUAUCGUCGAAGAGGGUUCCUGCGCGUGCUGGCUGUCGCUCGGCAAGCGAAUUCAAAUGGACGAGACCGGUUGGACCAUUUUGCGAAUUCUCUCGCAGAGAAACAACGACGAGAUAGCGAAGGAAUUUGUCAAAUUAAAGAGCGACAUCAGACAGGAAACACCUCUACCAAAUCCCACUUGAAACGGCGAACCGUCGGCGCACUAAACUCGACAGCGAUGCGAUACGUCCUUUGAGCUUGGAAAGAGCUCCAAGGUCUUGGCGGAUGGCGGACAAGAUUUUGUCUGACGAUGGGCAAGCAAGAGGACAGGACAAGGAAAGAAAGAAAGAAAGAAAGAAAGAAAGAGAGAGAGAGAGAGAGAAAGAAAGAAUGAAAGAAAGACAAAAAGCAAGCAAGCAAGCAAGAAAGAAAAAGAGAAAAGAAUGGUUCGCUCUAUGGUAUUACCAAUGACAAGCAACAUCAACGACUUGCUAUAGUCCAUACCGAAAGGAGACAAACGUACGAGGAACGAUCGAGACUGCUCAAAGCGCUAAAUUUCCGGUCGAUCGACCGAAUUCCUUCCGCUCGAUAUUUUUAGGAUCACGAUGAGAGCAACGAUUGCUACUCCUCUUUCCUGCUUCCUUCGCGCGAAAGGGAUCCGAACGAGCGCCGCUUCUUUUCCCCGUUUUUACGAGUCACACGUGCAACGCCUCUAUACACAUCUACCUCCACGCGUACCCAUCCGCUCUCUCACACACACACACACACAGACACACACACAUACACGUACGAGGGACGUACAGAUAGAUCCGUUUUAGCGUUAUCGCUCACAAACAAUCGCCACAGAGCUAGACCAACGUUCUUUCGGCUCGUCGAUAAGAAAAAAUAUCAAGUAAUACCAAGGAUGAUUCCUGCCGUCCCUUUUGGAAAUUCUCAAACUACUCGAGAGGAGCUCGACCGAAGGAGACUGUGAAAUGUUCCCAACGACGACGAAUAACGUUAUCAUAAGACGACAUUAGGAGAGGCAAACGUCAUUUUUGAGAAGAAAGAACGAGUCGUUUGAUUCUUUUCUUCGUGCCGUGUGUCGCGAGGAAAGAAAAGAUAGUACGUACGAAAUAAGAAGAGUCGAAAAAGUGAAAACAGUGCUGCCAGUACGCAAUAUAUUUGCUAAAUAUUCGUUAUGUAAGAGGGAAAAGGAGAAUAAGAGAGCGCUUAAGGAAAAUUAUUGUAAAAUGGAGAAUUACGGACACCCCUGAAAGACUUGGAACGAGCGCGAGACGAGGCAGAUUUAUCGAAGUAAAAUAAGAGGGGGGCAAGCGAAUAAGGGGUCCGCGAUCGAAAGAAAAAUAAAAAAAAAAAGAAGAAGAAGAUAAGGUAAAGAAAGCUCGAGGGGAGGAAAUAUAAGCGAAAGACGAUAUUCCGCGCUCGCAAAGACACGAUAACCCUUAGGCCGUUUUGUUCGAACGGACGAGAGUUUACUGUAGAUAAACGUGGAAACAUAUUGUUGACGAGGAAGAAUUUUUCUAACACAAUUAUUUAAAUGUAGCAUUGCGUACGACCAAUGGGCGCGUCCUGACGUCAAUCAAGGCGCGCCGUUAGUAAUAAAAACUUAGGCAUUGUAAUGUAUAAAGUACGUUCUUAUUCGUAAGAGUAACAAAAGUAAAACAAAGAAAGAAAGAAAGAAAGAAAGAAAGAAAGAAAGAAAGAAAGAAAGAAAAUAAAAAAGAAAAAGAACAAAAAAAGGAACAAAAAAAAAGAAAAAAAAAAAAAAAAGAAGAAAAAAUUAUCACUUCUUUUUCGAAGUCGAAGUUAGGAUGAAACACGUCGAGAUCCACGAAUUGGCUUCGAGUUUCUCUCUUUCUCUACGAGCGAACGAGCGCCCGAAAUCGAAACGAAACUCUCGUUAUUUAUUCAUAGUAAUUGUCCAGCAAUAGGCGAAGACGUUCCAAUGAUACUCGUAGCUUCGAUUUUUCUCGAAAUAUUAAGCACUAUUUAAAGAAGGAAGAAGAGACGAGGCGCUUUUUUAUGCGAACCAAAGACACUCUACUAAAAGGCAGAUGCGCGAGUACGAUUGGAAAAAAUGCGUCAACUCCGCUCGCCUAUCAUCCUCGCGACUGCUAUUCUCUCUUCGACUUUCUCUUUUUCUCUCUCUCUCUCUCUCUCUCUCUCUCUCUCUCUCUUGAAACUCUCUUACGUAAUCGAAGAAAAAAGGGAAAAAAGGAUAAAAAAAAGAAAAGAAGAAAAAUAAUGCACCUUUACGUGGCAAAGAACGUUCGCUCGUGGAGAUGUCGUGGAUAUAGAAAGGGCGAGAGGAGCCUCUCUUCGCUCGGAGCUUCUUCGUUGGGAUCUCGAAGCGUAGAUUGAUUAUGUCGAAAAGGGAGCUAGGAAAAGAAGCGAAUGAUAACCACACAUCGUCCAGCCUGUGCGGAUCGGAUAGGUAAUAAUAAAGGUAAAAUAAAGAGAAACAAUUUCAGAGAUUACGACACGAUUAUAAUUGAAAAAGUUUCUACUUACGUAGUUACGUCUAGAUGCAUAUACUUACGUAUUGUGUAUAGUGUGUCUAAAAGAAAACGCUGAAAACGUAGCUGCGAGGCCGGCUUUGUACGAGGAACGUAUGGGAAUAUCUAGUUUACGUACGCGCCUUGUAUAUGCGUGGGUAAGCGAAGGUGAGCGCGCGUACGUAGAUUUGUGCGUAUCCGAGCGUACAUCGCGCGAUCGUUUUAAUCGUCGACGAGCUUGGGAAGCGACGACCGAACUACCGUUGAUAACAACUCGAGAGAGAAAACUCGCGAAUUCGGACUCGCGCAUUCAUUUCUUCAUCGUCUACGAGCUUAUUCUCCGAGCGUAUUUUCCAGGCUCGUUCCUCUUUCUUCUCCUUUUUCAUUGUCAUUUUCAUUCAUUAGGAUCCGAAGGCGUAUCGCCGAAAAACUAUUUGGAAGGAAGUACCAACACUGACCGGUACACGAUUACACGGUUUCUACAAAAUUUUCUUCUUCUAGAGAGUUUUAUCAUAUGGGGGACACAUGCACACACCUCUAUACAUACACGACACAUACUUUGCUUAUCCGUAAUCGCGAUUCUUACGGACAUUCCUUGGCGAGAUAUCAUCCUCCAUUUUUGCGAUAGGCGCGCUGUUUACUUUCUUUACGUUUCUUCGUUCCGCUUGCCUAAACUCGAACGCGUGCCGUUCAGAAUCGAACGAACAGAUCACAAUCGAAGAACGUAGAAAAAAGAAAAAAAGAAAAAAAGAAAGAAAAGGACAGAGAGCGAAAGACGGGCUCGCCGAGUCCAUCCCUCCUUUCGAAAUCUGUCUAUUUUCUUCUAGUCGCCUAACUAAGGUACGCGUAAUUAGUGAUAUAAACAAAAAAAAGACAAAAAAAAAGAAAAAACGACAAAAAAAAACAAACAAACAAACAAAAAAAAGAAAGAAGAAAAAGAUGCAGAUAUAUACCGAGAUGGCAUAAAAAAAAAAAAAAAAAAAAAAAAGAAAAAAAAAGGGAAAAGGAAAUGAUAGGAGGACCACUUUCGCCGUUUUCCUCGUGUCGCGUAACUACUCUCCCGCUUGUAUUAAUAUCUCGUAAGCUUAAAAGAAAAUAUCUCGUGCAUUCUGUGAUACUUGCCCCCCCCCCUCUCUUCCCCCCCCCCCCGUUAAAAACGCAUACGUACUCACCGUCUACGACACCGGUACUUGUCGCACGAGCACGUGUACGACGACGAAGGAACAAAAGAAGAUAAGACGCAACCAAUCCUAACUAGCUACAAUAUUUUUCUCAUUUUAAAGAGCAUUCCGAGCAGAUUUAUAUACUCUCUGUAAUCGUCUAACGUCCGAAUAGUCUCGAGUCGACGUUGAUAAUUGAGAAGAUGCGAAUCGCAAUAAACGAGCGUCGCCUCGAUCGUGGCACACGGAGCGCGAUGAUAUAUCGACGGGGCAAGAAGAAACAAAGAGAAUAAGAAGGAACAAAGCAAGUAAAUAAUGACGGAGGAACCUGAAACGCAAAAGUCCGUGCCACGUCUCUUCCCUUUUUUCCUCGAGAUCGAUGAAAGAAGAAGUGGCAGAAAAAAAGGGCAAAAUGAGAUGAUAUCCUCGUUGAUUUUUUUCGCCAUCUUUUUUUCCGUUCUUCUUUCGCUCUUACCUCGAAGACAACAAGGGUGGGAAAUCGGCAUUCGAAAGGACUAAACCUCGUACGGGCCUUCACGUUGGACUUUUGCGUUACAGUCGUCGGCAAAGGCGCAGAACCAAAUAUCGAGCCAGACUCCAGGGAUCGUUCGAAGCUAUCGAAAGCGCGUAUUGAAAGGGCGAUAUCGAAGAAUUCAAAAAAAAAAAAAAAAAAAGCCGUUUAAGAGGAGAAAAGAUACAAACGAACAAAAAUAUACACAACUGUUGACAAUACUAUGCUUGAAAAAAAAUCGUAUGACGCGUAUGUAAUGUACCUAACGAAUAUUAUUUAAAAAGAAAAAAAGAAACAAAAAAAAAAAAAGAAAAAAGAGAAAAAAGUAUUAAGCGAAAAAAAAAACGGAUGGAGUUUCGGUGCUUCGCGAGUAAAGGGAAAAAGGGAGAAAGAGGAGAACAAAAAAGGGACAUCGCGUAUUUAAGGAGCGUUCAUGGAAAGGAAAACGCGAAUGAGUCGCGUAAAAAUCUGUGCGUGCAUGUGAAUGACUGCGUGCUUCAUUAGGUAAGAAAAUGAUGUCUAAUCGAACAAAGAUGCGUCGUCAUUUUUGUCGUCCCGCGGAAAGCAUUGAUAACUAUCAUCGUUGUUAUCAACAUUUUUUUUCACGCGUAGAUGACCAAGUAAAUUCGAUAUAAUGAAUGAAAAAAGAAAAAGAAAAAGAAAAAAAAAAGAAAAAAAAAAAAAAGAAGAACGACGAGACGCCGGUGCGCAGUCUCCGAAUACAAAGGUAAAUCCAAAGCAAUUGUAUUCGAUUCAAACACGCACAUUUAACACAACAAAUUUCGAGCGAAUUAAGAAGAGAGAAAGAGAGCGAGAGAGCGAGAGAGCGAGAGAGAGAGAGAGAAAGAUUACUAUUACAUAUAUAAAGAUCCCGAUCUUUGUUAAUAAUAAAUGUUCCACUUUCAUUCGUUCACUCGUAUCAAAGAGUUGCAUUCUUAUUUCUUUCUUAAUAUCGGGACGAAAAGCUUGACCCUUCGAGAAACAUCGAACGCGAACGUCAAAAAAAUUUAGCUUUUUCCCGAUUUCGUCCCGUCCAAGCGUUUCUCUUUCUCUUUUCUAUAAAUCAUAUCGUCGGCGAUAAUAAAAAUCUCAUAUCAUUCCUCUCGCAUCGUAGCCCGUAUUGUACAUAAACGUCGCGUACAUAAUAGACGAAUGAUCUUCCGCGUAGCGUCCUCAUCGCGAGAUAGAAAGAGGGGGAGAGAGAGAGAGAGAGAAAGAGAGAUGGAUAGAAACGAGAGAAUCGAGAGUAACAAGUCGUACAAAUUUUUAUCGUUGCGUUACGAGCGGAUAAUCAAGGUCGAAUCUACGAAUACACGUUCGCACGUACGAAUAACGAUCAAAGUUUUUAGAAGAUUAAAAGAAUUCGUUUAUCGAACGAAGUAAAAAAGUGCGCGUCGACUUUAAAAUCGACUAUCGGUUUUCGGAAGAAUCGUUUGGAAAAUUCACGUCACACUUGCAUAUUUCUAACUGACAAAUACAAAUUUAAGCGCGAACACGCGGAUCUCAGUGGAAGGUUUUUUCAAAAUCGCGAUAGUCGUUCCUGAUCGUACGCCUUGUAAUAUAUUUUACGAACGAGAUGAUUUCAUAUGUGAUUUGUACAUAUAUAAGAUGAUGCCAGAAGCGAAUGCGUGUGACACUGUGUGCGUCAAAGCGAAUGAUGGUAAAAAAGAGAGAACAAAGAACGGAUAGACGACGGCGAAAGGACCAAAAAAAAAUCUGCAGAUUGGAUGACAGUGAGAGAGAGAGAGGGUGAGAGGGAGAGUAGGCUGAUGUUUCGAUCAUAACGUUGUGUUUCAUAUCGUAAACAAAAUUAUAAUAUAUCGUUAUUUUGUAAGAAUAAACGACACAUCGAGAGAGAGAGAGAGAGAGAGAGAGAGAGGAGAACGAGGAAUCGAAAAUGAAAUGACGAAGGAACGAUGAGGACGACAGUAUCGAUCGCAUGACCUGCAAAUCUAGUCACUAGUAAAGAAAUAAAAAGUUGGUGCGAUUGACGCGGGUACGUCAACAAACUCCUCGCUGCGUCUUACUACGUUAAAGCUUUUUUUUUUUUCUUUUUCUCGAUAAUAUCGCAAGUCAAGGAAAAAUUAAGUAAAAGAGAUCUCGCGACGAAUUGAAAAAAAAAUAUAAAGAAGCCGCAUAAUGAAAUCGAGUCGGAAUAGCGUCUUACUCAAAAUCGUUAUGGCUUCGCUUCUCUCUCCAUCCUACGAGCCGCAUCUCCGUCUACCCUAUUUCAAUCACCACCGAUACCUCUCCUUCGACUACCCGCAAUUUCAUUUUCAUAUCGACGCAAGUACGCGCACGUGUAAGAUACUAGCGCAUUUAUCGGCCAUACAGUCACAGAUAAAUAUAUUGCACAUACAAUUGCACAUAUUAUUAUACAUAGCACGCCACUGUACAUAAAUACGUAAUACAUGAUCGUGAUAUUGUACGUCAUAACCGAGCCGUUACCUCGCGCAAUCCUACAAAAGUCGAGAGUUUGGGAAAGAGAAACGCGAGUAAACGGCGAGGAGAGCGAAGGCGUUUUCUAAAAAUUCGAUUUCGAUUUCCCGGCUCUCCCGAACGAAAAAAGCAAAAGGAAAAGGAAGAAAAAAAGAAAAAAAAAAAAAAAAAAAGAAAAGAAAAAGGAAAAAAAAGAAAAAAAACAUAUAAUUCCGAUAUGUCUGAGCUCGCAUUCGUAUACUCACGUAUAUCGACGGUGUAUCGUCGUUACUUGUGCGCCACGCUGCGUGUUCUCUCUUUUUCCAACCGUAUCCUCCGUUAUCGUUUCCACUUCUAUUUACUUAGUGAUAUUGAGAAGAAAAAAAAGAAAAAAAAAAAAAAAGAAAAAAGAAGAAAAAGAAAAAAGAAGACAGAGCUAUUAUCUUUGUAAGCUUAAAAGAAGGAAAAACGAAACGAAACGAAGAAGAGAAAAUAUCGAGAUGUCUCGCACGCGUUCCAUUAGCCGAGUCGCCGCGAGCUCCCCCCUUCGUCGUCCUUAGAACGUCCUUUCAUCGGGAGGGAAAGAGAAAAAGAAACUACACAGGACGAAUGUUCGUUGUGCUUCUAUUAGAGACUUUUUUAAGGAUAUACCACCAGAGGUGCCAUCGAUCCUCGCGAGAGCAUGGUAGAAGAAGGUGUAUGUCGUCGACGACGGGGCGACGACGACGAUCCGCGAGGAUAAUUACGACAAUGGAAUCUCAAAGGAGAUGAGAAAAUCUGUAGUUUCUUCGUACAUACGUACCUCCCUCGAUUAUAUUCUUUCGUUCUAUUAGCUCGAUCGCGAGAAAUGGCUUUCUCGUAACGGCAUACACCUACGUUUACCCUGCCCGAUGCGAAUUUCUGUAAUAACAAAGAAAAUAAUAAACGCGCUUUCGCGAAUAAGAAAAAUAAUAUCAGCAAGAAGCGUAUAAGCGAUAAGUACGUACGUUUACAUCGUGUGUGUAUAUAUACAUAUAUGCAUGUCAAUGUAUGUGUAUAUAUAGAUAUAUGGAUAUAUGUAUUCGUGUACUCGUACUGAUAUAGACGGAUAGAGAGAGAGAGAGAGAGAGAGAGAGAGAGAGAGAGAGGGACUAUAUGAAUUGCGGCACGAAUAUAUCAGACAUAUGUAUAUAUAUGCACACACACAGACAACGAACUUUAUUUGAAAUUUCUCUCCUGUUGUCCGUUCGCACAGUUUUCUCGUUCCUCAUUUGUGUAAAAUGUACCAUAUCCAAAGGGUGCUCUUAAAUGGAUAGCGGAACAAAAAUGAUUUGCGUCAUAAGGCGAUAAAUAAUAAGGCAAAAAGAAACAGAAUGGUUUUCUUAUCGGAAAUGGGCUGCCUCGAAGGAAGGUAAUCCAGAGAUUCUAAUAAAUCAUUAAAACUUACCAACCUGAA